AUGGCUAUGCCUCGCAAUUUAGAGGGCCUCUCCAAUCCCUUGGCUACACCUGCUCAACUGACCAGCUCAUCCUCGUCCCUAGACGGCAUUCCCACCGACCUUGAAACCUCGGUUCGCUUCGCUGGGGCUCUUUUAACGCAAGCAGCUGGCGUGCUUUUGCGACUGCCUCAAGAUGUGAUUGCCCAAGCUAUUGUGACAUUCACUCGGUUUUGGAUAGGGCCUGAUGGUGGCAGUCUGGCUGUGCAUUCGGUGAAAGAUGUAUCCGCAGCUUCGAUUUACUUGACAGCCAAGCUAUCCUUUCACCCCACGUCGCCUCGCUCAGUGCUCAAUGUUUACACCUACCUAUUGUCCAAGGAGGCCUCUCCGUUGUGGUUUGUCAAUGCGUCUGUGCCGAAAGACAAGCCAAGAGCGGAAACAUACUAUCUCUCGGAAGGCAGCUACCAAGCUCAACGGCUAUCGCUUCUGAAAAUGGAAACCGUCAUACUUCGAACCCUCGGAUUCAAUACGCAUGUGGUCAUUCCACACACAAUUGCCCUUACAUAUCUACAAACCAUGAAUACGGCAUCAAACAACCUUGCUCAACGAGUCUUUGAACAUCUAAACGCGUCGCUUCUUUCUCCCCAGCUUCUAUAUGCAACACAUCAGCCAAAUGCAUUAGCUGUGGCUGCGAUCUAUCUUGCUGCUCGAGAAGUUGGUGUGAAACUUGCAGAAGAAGAGUGGUGGGAAGUUUUUGAUGUUGAUCGCGAGGAAUUGGGCUUUCUGGUGGUUGCCAUGAACAGCAUGGAAGGAUUUUCGAAAUCUGAAAAAGAAGCUUGGGCUGAUACUCCAAUACCGUUAGCCGUCAAAGAUGUGGAAGCGGAGUUGGCAAAACGGCAGAAAGCUCAGGAUGGGGAAUGA